CGCGGGUGUUCUGAGCGCCAAAUCUAACCCAGGGAAGGCAGUGUGAAAUGGAGACGAGGGAAGAGUGCGCGGGAGGCUUCAAAAAGGAGAUCGUGAACAAAGUGCUCCAGCUCCACUUCAAAGAUGACAGAACGCGAGCCAGUGGUGAUGCUGUGUUGCUGAUGGCUGAAAUGCUUAAAAUAUUUGUUCAAGAAGCAUCAGCACGAGCAGCACGACAAGCUCAGACUGAGGAUGUAAUGAGGGUGGAAGUGGAACACGUGGAAAAAAUCUUGCCACAGUUGCUUCUGGAUUUCUAGAAAUUCAAUGAGUGGAAAAUCUACGUUCCCGUUACUAAGAUGAUCUUGCUGAGCUCAGAAGCAAAAUGAACCACAGACUUGUAAUAUGGAAUUUCCUACAAAAUGUGCUGACUUCCUGGAAUGACAACUUAACUUCCUUCUCAGCUCUGUUUGCCAUCUCUUUUGGGGUGCUUAGUGGCUGUCAGUGUUGCCUAAAAUAACUUUGGGUUUGUUGGGAGUUUCUUGUAACACAAUUCUUGGAACAGAUGGUGGCUAUCUGAAGCUGUGUCCUGCCCUUCUGAUUCCCAUUCAUAGUCAGGUAACGGCUUUACUUUUCUAAUGAGAAAAACAGGUGCCGCCUUCUAGGUGUGUGAAAAGGGUGAGUACGCUCGGGAGGCUUGGCCACAUCAAGGCCUCUUGUCACUUCCAGGCCUGAGUUCUAAGUUCUUAAGCUCUUCUGGCCCCAAAUUUGUGGCAAUGGCAGGUACCUGAUCUUUAUUUUAUGAAUAAACAGUGCCUGUCCUUCAACCCUUUCCCACAUUCCAGAGGGCCAUGACAUCAAAGAGUGCAUGGAACCUUUUAACCAUUUGAUAUUCCUCUAAGAAGCUGCUUCCCUCUGCUAUAAAUUUGUUCUUACAAAGAACCGUCAAUAAAUCAGAAAUAACUUCCCUCCCUUGUGUGGGCUCCUUGUUGCAAUUAAUCAUAGAAAGUCAAGUAUCUUCAAAGAGUUGUUUGGCCUCCCCACUCCGCCUCUUCUUUGUAGGACGAAAGAAAAACUUUCAGAAAGGGGCAGAAUAACAAACAGCAUGUGUGAGGAUCCCACAUCAUGCAAGGCCCAGCCCCUCUGUCAGCAGGGGAGGGGGGAGAAAGCUGUGAAAUAGUAAACCUUACACAUGGAGGCAGGGUGUAGCCUAAUGAAUCUGGUUUUGUUGUGAAAGAAAGAUCAGGUCUAAAAGAAGUGUAAUUGUAUCUUAAGGAGUAAGUAAGUAACUCAGAAGUAAGCUUCACUAAAUUCAAUGGGGCUUAGGGAACAUAACCAGGAAGAACUGUGCUCUUGUGGAUGUUGGAUUACAGCUAUCAUUACCUCUGAUCAUCAACCAUGCUGAAGUUGUAAUCCAGCAAUGCUAGGAGUAGCAAACUCACCAUUUCAGAUUUUUAUACUUGUGUGUAGAUAAUGACUUGAAAUUAAUUUGAAAUAGUGAGUCUGUUGCCAUGUUAGCUUUAAACUAAGAAUGGUAAUAACUAAAGUAGUCAACAGGAGUUCUCCAGAGUGUUUCUUUCUACAACAAAUUACUGUUGCUUUGCAUUGUUUCUGCUAUACCUAAUACUAGUUACAAAGGAGAUGCUGAUGUAUCCAAAAUUAUUUUGAGAAGCAGGUGCUUCUGACACAAGUGUGAUGUGAUUUAAGUAUUAUAUUAACCAUAUUAUCUGUUAAGAAAUAGGUGAUCAACCAGCCAAAAUUUAGCCAGUGACUUUUGAGUAAAUCAGAGGUGGGUUGCUCCCGGUUUGGCUGGGUUUGGCCAAAUCAGUAGUGACAGAGGCAGGAGGCUCCACCCACCCACCUGAGAAUGCACAUGCAUGAGCAAACCGGUAGUAAAACCGGUACAAACCCACCACUGGAGUAAAUGGGGAUGUUAAUUUUGAUUCCUCCAAUUCAAGCCAGAUCCUGUACUAGAAGAGUUUUUCACAUUGGCUUUAUACUUACACACAUAAUCAAGUUUGGAAGUGUAAUUGCAAUCAAAAGUAAUCCAGGGUUUAAAACAUUGACAAGAGGCCCUAGUUACUGGUAGCCUAUAAACUUACUUUGAUUGAAAAAGAUAUUUGUCUAACAACCUCAAUGUGAUUAUUACAUAUAUAAUUGCAUGUAUUGAAACAAAUUGCUCAAAGUGCUUGCUCCAUUUUCCUUUGGUUUGAUUUUUGUAUUCCCUGGAGAGCAAAUGGCCAACACAGUUUCUUCUUAUGACACCAUUAAUGUGAAUCCUGUCUAGGACACUGCCAAAGGCAGGAAGCUCUGUACUCAAGGCGAAGGUAUUCAAGAAACAUACAUGUAUACAAUGAAUUCAUUGCAAUCAAUUCUACAGCCUAUAAUCAUUCUCUAGUAUACAGCUACCGGUAGAAUUAAUAAAAUGUCCUUGUUUAGAUUUUUCCAAGAACAACUCCAAUUUUAGCCCAGGCAGGACUAGAACGGAUUAAAUGUGACUUAAAUGUGAUCUUUAGGAUUAUUCAGUGAGGAAUUGGUACUUUUGUUUCAACUGGAUGAGCUCACUAAAUUAUGGUACACAUUUAAAAAAAUUCUAAUAGCUUGUGUAGUAACACCACUGAAUCUGUAGGGGUAAGGCUGGAAAACUCAAAGCAGUUCUCCCUGAAAACAUCCAGUCCUACAAUCUUUAGUUCUGCCUCCUACCUUGAUGUAGUGACUCUUUUUGCUGUUGCCUCCUCACUUUCAGAGGGAUAGCUAUACUUGCUGUUUUCUCCACAACCAGCAUGACUUAUUGAGGAAACAAAUGUGCUUAUUGAAUUAAAAAAGAAAGAAAAGAAAAAAAGCAGAUAGAAACUAUUGCUGCCUCCUGGGUGAGAAACGGGAAUGCCACUAGAAUUGGCCCCAUCUAUCCAUGGAAAAUUAAUCUCACAAAGUUGAUUUUCUAUUUUUUUUUAAGUAUGGAUAAUCCUCAACUUAUU